UAGAAGUCGCGAGUGCUCCUUCAACAUUACACAUGCAGUACUUUAUGUUAAUCAGUUUAUCGUUUUUGAUACUUGGAUGCGCAAACGCUUGGCCGCGAAACCGAGGGAAUCAGCCAACGGAUACGUAUCACGUAGAUGCUAAUUAUGGAUGUGAAUGCGGUAGAAAAGACCUAUUUCGGCCAGCGUCUAGAAUAAUUGGGGGAAGGGAAGCUUAUAGAAAUGAAUUUCCUUGGAUGGCCAGUAUCAUAAGCGUCAACAGAUCAGGUCAACAUAUAUGCGGAGCGUCAGUUAUAAACGAUCGUUACGUGAUAACAGCGGCUCACUGCAUCCCUUUUGGUUUCGAUAAAGAUGAUCUGAAAGUAUCUGUCGGCACUCACAGUUCGUGCCAGUGGGACGAAACAACUACAAUCUUUUCUGUUGAGGAGAUUUUCCCGCAUCCGAGUUAUGACAGACAAACGAACUUCGCUGAUAUUAUGCUGGUCAAAUUGAUGAUGAGGAUUACCUUCAACCAAUACGUCAAGCCAAUUUGUUUGCCAAAAUCUGAGUGCGGAGAAUCGGGAGGAAUAUCGAAUCGUAUCGUCGGUGGCAUUAUCACAAUAGCGCACCUGUUUCCUUGGGUGGUGGCGAUAUUCAACGGGGAUCAAUUCCAUUGCGGCGGCACUUUGAUCAACAACAGAUACGUGCUCACAGCUGGGCAUUGCGUUCGAUGGACGAGUCAAGCCGAUCUCUCACUUGGUUUGGGAAUGCACGACAUCGAGAGAGCGGACGAAGGAAUAUUAGCUGAGGUCGAUAAAGUGAUUAUACAUGAAGACUUCGAGAGUGAUUACAUUCACGAUACGAACGACAUUGCACUGAUUCGAUUGAAAGCCCCGGUGCAAUUCAAUGAAAAUGUGAAACCCGUCUGCCUACCGCACAAAGGUUCCGAUUAUACGGGGCACAAUGCUCAAGUUAUCGGAUGGGGACGUGUCACCACUAAGGGCGACGCCUCCAGAUUUCUGCGUCAGGCUACUCUGAAAAUUAUGUCUCACGAAAGGUGCAGGAACACUUCGUUCGGCGAACACGUGACAACAUCGAUGAUAUGUGCUUACAAUGAUGACACCGAUGCCUGUCAGGGUGACAGCGGCGGACCUCUUUUGUACGGAAGGCUAGACGGCAAAUACGAAAUGAUCGGUGUAGUUUCCUGGGGUAUCGGUUGCGCCAAACGUGGAAUACCAGGUGUAUACGUGAAAAUCACGGAUUACUUGAACUGGAUUCGACGUAACAGUAGGGACGCCGUUUUUUGCGCUGACAGCUAG